AUGGUUGGAAAACGACGAGCAUCUGAUACUGAUGAUAAUCAUGAUAAUAUUGAUUCAAAGCAUUCAAAAUCUGGUUUACAAGAACGAAACGGCGAUAAUAAACCAUCUAGUUCACAAAUGACUGAUGAACCAGCAAAAAAACGAUCAAAAACUAUGGAAUCCGAUGAAAAUAACACAAAAGAUUCAAUUCGAUUAUCAGCUAAUAAUCGUGAUGAAGAAGAAGACGAAAAUCAAUUAGAUAAACAAAUUGAAAAAGAAGAAAAAAAAGCUGAUAAUAUUGUUAUUAAAGAUAUUAUGGGUUCAAUUAAACCAGAAUCAAAUAAAAAAAUGAGUGAAGACGAACGUCGUGCACUUUAUGAUAAUGUUUAUUCAAAAUUACUUAUACUUCUUGAACGAUGUCAAAAAUAUGUUCAUCAUCUUAAUAAUAAAAUAAAACAAUCAAUUGCUGAGCAUGGAGAACAUAAGAAAAUGAAAAAACAUCUAGAUGAAGGACAAACAAAAUCAACUGAUGAGGAUAUGAAACGAACAGGAUUAUUGGAAAAAUAUUAUGAUAUGACUGAGAAAGAUAUUCAAGCUCGACAACCGAAAUUAUUUGUUGGAUCAUUGAAACCUUAUCAAUUAGCUGGUCUUGAAUGGUUACGAACAUUACAUGAAGUUGGUCUAAAUGGAAUUCUUGCUGAUGAAAUGGGUCUUGGUAAAACUGUUCAAGUGAUUGCAUUUAUUUGCAGUUUAGUUCAAGAUGGAGCAUCUGGUCCAUUUCUUGUGGUUGCACCACUUUCGACAUUAACUAAUUGGUGUACUGAAUUUGCUCGAUUUGCACCAAAUAUCACUUGUAUGAUCUAUCAUGGUAAUAAAGAAAAAUUGGCUGAACUUCGUGGUCAAAUUAAUCAAUAUCGUCAAGCGAAAAAAGCAGUACCUCUUGUGUUGGUAACAGCUUAUCAUGUUAUUAUAAGCGAUAAAGCAUUUUUUAAACGAGAACAAUGGCCAUUAUUAGUUAUUGAUGAAGGUCAUCGAUUAAAAAAUCCAAAAUGUCAAUUAAUGGCUAUGCUUCGUCGAUUACAUACAGGUAGUAGAUUUUUAUUAACUGGUACACCUGUUCAAAAUAAUAUGAGUGAAAUGUGGUCAUUAAUGAAUUUUCUUUUACCAGAAAUAUUUGAUGAACCUGAAGUAUUUGAACGUUAUUUUGAAAUUGAUACAAUAGGCAGCUCAAAUAUGAAUUUUAAAGAAGAACAAGAACGAUCAGUUUUAUCAAUAUUUCGUCAAAUUCUUAUUCCAUUUAUUUUACGACGUCGAAAAGGUGAUGUUAAUUUACAUUUACCACCUAAAAAAGAAGUAACUGUAUAUACAAAAAUGACUAAUCUUCAAGUUAAAUGGUAUAAUAAACUUGUUGAUGAAAUUGUUCGUCGUUAUAUUAAUGAUCGUAAAAAAGAUGAAUUUGUACAAGUAUUUGAUGAUACUGAACGAUUAAGAAGUCAACGUAAACAUGAUAAAAUUCAAUUAGAAUUAAAAGAAGAUGUUAUUGCAAAGAAAAUAACAGGUCGAAGUGUAAUAUUUCCACUUCUUCGUGCUUGUACACAUCCAUAUUUACUUGAUGCACCAAGAGAUGAAAAUGGAGAAAUUAUUGUUAAUGAAGAUAUAAUAACAAAUAGUGGAAAAUUUAUCUUAUUAGAUAAAAUGCUUGCAAAAUUAGGUCAAACUAAUCAUAAAGUAUUGAUCUUUUCAACAUUGGUUAUUUUUCUUGAUUUACUUGAAGCAAUGUGUGAACAUCGAAAUUAUGGUUAUACAAGACUUGAUGGACAUACAACUUUUGAAGAAAGAAUCGAUGCUAUUUCGACAUUUAAUAAAGAACCAGAUGUUUUUAUAUUUUUAAUUAGUACAAGAGCUGGUGGUUUAGGUUUGAAUUUAAUGGCAGCUGAUACCGUUAUUUUGUUCAAUUCAGAUUGGAAUCCUAUGAUUGAUAUUCAAGCACAAGAUCGUGCUCAUCGUAUUGGACAAACAAAACCUGUUAUUGUUUAUCGAUUUAUUGUUCGUAAUACUAUUGAUGAGCGUGUAUAUAAACGUGCAUGUUCAAAACAAAUUAUGGAAAAAUUAAUUGUACAUGACGAACUUAAGCAAGGUUUUGAUGCAUAUGAAACAGUUUUAUCAUUUGAUCCUCAAGGUGAACAAGCCAAAUCAAUUAAUUUAGCUGAAUUAGUUGAAGGUAUAACAAAAAUUGAACAACGAACAGUUAUUACAGAAAAUGAUCUUAUAUCAGAUGAACAUAUUGAUCGCUUAUUAGACCGAUCUGAUUUGAUAGAAAAAAUGAAUCAAUAA